AGUUCCCUCCGCCCCAGUUUUAUCAGAGUGUCAACUACGAGCUGGCCGUUCUUUUUCUAGCCAAUGCUAAAAACAAGGUCUAAAGUUCAGAGCCUCUGAUGAGCAGAUCUGGGUCAAGUCUAACAUUUGGAAAGCAUUUUUUUCCCCCCGGACUGAGACGCAGCUUUGUUCCUUCCAUGGACUGCAAUUGUGAUGGAUUCCAUGGCCGUAAGCACGUCUGCGACGGGUCAGGAUGAGUUUGACCGGAACGCGCCGCGGAUCUGCGGUGUGUGUGGCGACAAGGCCACCGGAUUCCACUUCAACGCCAUGACCUGUGAGGGCUGCAAGGGAUUCUUCAGGCGCAGUAUGAAGCGUAAGGCGAGCUUUACCUGCCCGUUCAACGGAAACUGCACCAUCACCAAAGACAACCGGCGUCACUGUCAGGCGUGCCGUCUGAAACGCUGUGUGGACAUCGGCAUGAUGAAAGAAUUCAUUCUGACGGAUGAGGAGGUGCAGAGGAAGAAGGAUCUGAUCCUGAAGCGUAAGGAGGAGGAGGCGGCGCGAGAGGCGCGGAAACCUCGACUGAACGAUGAGCAGAUGCAGAUCAUCAACAUGCUGGUGGAGGCGCAUCACAAGACUUACGACGACUCGUACUCCGACUUCGUACAAUUCAGGCCUCCGGUAAGAGAAGGUCCAGUCACUCGCAGUGCCAGUCGAGCGGCGUCUCUUCAUUCUCUCUCUGAUGCUUCAUCGGAUUCAUUCAAUCAUUCACCAGAAUCUGUGGACACUAAACUGAAUUUCAGUAAUCUAUUGAUGAUGUAUCAGGACAGUGCAGGCAGUCCAGACUCCAGUGAGGAAGAUAACUCACGUCUGUCCAUGUUACCGCACCUCGCCGACCUCGUCAGCUACAGCAUUCAGAAAGUCAUCGGAUUCGCCAAGAUGAUCCCUGGAUUCAAGGAUCUGACAGCUGAAGAUCAGAUUGCUCUGUUGAAGUCCAGCGCUAUCGAGAUCAUCAUGUUGCGUUCGAAUCAGUCGUUCAGUCUGGAGGACAUGAGCUGGAGCUGUGGUGGACCAGACUUCAAAUACUGCGUUAAUGAUGUCACCAAGGCGGGACACACUCUGGAGCUGUUGGAGCCACUGGUGAAGUUUCAAGUGGGUUUGAAGAAACUCAACCUGCAUGAACAGGAACAUGUGCUGCUGAUGGCCAUCUGCCUGCUGUCACCAGAUCGGCCGGGCGUUCAGGACCACGCACGUAUCGAGGCUCUACAGGACCGUCUGUGCGACAUUUUGCAGGCAUAUAUCCGGAUCAACCACCCAGGUGGGCGACUCCUGUACGCCAAGAUGAUCCAAAAGCUUGCAGAUCUGCGCAGCCUGAAUGAGGAGCACUCAAAGCAGUACCGCUCGCUGUCAUUCCAGCCCGAGCACAGCAUGCAGCUCACGCCCCUCGUGCUGGAGGUGUUCGGCAGCGAGGUCUCCUAGCAUCCAAAAGCCCCCCGUAACGCUCCGGAUCCCGGAAACCGCACCGAGAUGGCCACACACACACGCUCAGCAUAUUAGAGCAGCAGUGUAUCAUGCAGGAGGUGGAAAGUGUCUCGAUUCACACUAUGGGGGGCUGUAGGAAUGAGUGUGUGUGUGUGUGUGUGUGUGUGUGUGUGUUUGAGAGAGAAAGAGAGGGUGGGUGGUGCACAGUUCUGAAUAUUGUUUCGGAAUUCCUGCUUCUAAGCUAUAAGGGAAUUCUGAAAGGAAUGUAUUAAUAAUGUAUGAAUAGAAUAAUACAUAUAAACUAAUAUUUAUAUUUAAGAGAGAGCUGGUUUGUAUUAAAUAAAAACGUAUGACCGAGGUGAUCCUCUGUUGUAAUAGGAUUAGUAGGCUCCUUUAGUAAAUGUGUGUGUGUGUGUGUGUGUGUGUGUGCAUUAGUGGUCAACCGAUACUGAUAUUUAGUGAGCAGGGUGACUGAUGGCUGAUAUAAUUCCUAUAUAUUCCUAAAACAAUGUAAAAAUGUCUUUGUUCCAAAACCUAGUGUGCUGCCAACAUAGGCAACACUUUUUAAGGUAUCACAGGUAGAAGUCAACCGAUAUUAGAUUUUACCGAUACCGAUAACUAAGCUGGUAAAAAAGGCAGAUUAAUCAGCUGAUAGUUUUUAAAAACAUUAACAUGAAUUGAAUUUCUUAGUCAUCCCUUACUUUGACUGGCACUGAUAUAGAGGCAACAAGAGUGCAAAAUGCAUAAAAUCAAAGAUGCAGUUUAUUGUGCAACCAAAAUCCUAAUAAUAACCAGAAAACAAAAGAUUUGGUGUGUAAUGCAGCACUUUUAACUAUGAGCAAGCCAGAAAUACACCUGGGACUCUUAUUUUGAAAAGUCUAUUCUCCAAGCUCACACAAAUGCAUAAGGGAAACAAAAUACGCACACUUACAAUCAUUUACAAUGUAAACAUUUUAAAGUAAACAUUGCCAUAUAGGCUAAUAAAUGCAGACUAAAAACACUGGCACUUUAAACACUGUCAGUCAAAAUCAACAUGAACAUUGACAUGAAAUUAUAAAUAACUUGUAUCCACUUAAAAUAAACUGUAUGCAUUAAAUUUUACAGAUAACCGAUAGUUCCGAAAAGCAAUUAUAAGGUGCCGAUUAAUCGGGUAAACCGAUAUAUUGUUGAUCUCUAAUCAUAGGCAUGCUACUGACACGAUGGCUGUUCCGAAACGCAGCAUGAUUUUGCAACCUUCUAAGAUGCCUUCUUUUGAUCAAAUUCUGAGGCAGCAUUGCAUGCAUCCUUAACGCAAAAGUCAAUCCCAGAAUGCAUUGCGAUAAACUCACUGUAAAAAAUCUAUCAAAGAUGGUGGGCGACGCGAGAGAAUGUUCGAUUAUGAAUAUAUUUGUAUUGCACUGAAUGCAAAAAUAUUGUUCAACAGAAUUACUAAUUGGCUAUUUUACUCUAUAUUUUUGUUUGAUGUAUUUUUUGUAUGUCUGGGAAUUUAACGCGAUUAAUAGUUUACUGUUUAACACGUAAAACAAAAAUUAUGCAAUUUAUAUAGUAUCUGUUUUUUUACCCACAUUCUGUGGUUAAAAUUUGCUUGUUCAUUACACACAAUGCAUUUCCCGGGCAUAAUAAACACAGGAGCGGAUUUACUGUACGGAGACUGCAAGUGGUAAGCCAGGUGUGGGAGAGAAAACGCUCACUCACUGUCAUCUGAACCGGUGGUUAAAGCGAAUUAAACAAAGCAAAUUAAACUUCAACAUUCAAUUGGGUUUGUAUUCAUAUGUAUAGUGUCUUAUAAUGCAUUGGCAAUGUACACAUAAGUUUCUCUUAAAAAUAAAGCUUGAUAUAAAUUAAAUCUGCCCAUUUAAUACUAUUAUUAAGAAGUACACUGAAAAAAAAAAAAACUGCAGAAGACUUUGCCCGACUUUUAUUUACAACAUGUCCACUGAUUUUAUGACAGGUACUUGUAUCAGAGAUUUAUACCUGUAAAAAUGAACAUUUUAACAUGUGCACAUUUAAAUAAUUAUAAUAAAUGAUUACUAACCAAUUUCUUCAAGUUCUUUGAAACAGAGUAUAAAGUAAAUAUAUUUAAUGAUUACAUUCUAAUGUUUUUUUUAAAUGUGCCAUGAUUAAUUGCGAUUAAUCACAGAAAACUAUGCAAUUAGUUAAAAUGUUUUAAUCGAUUCACAGCUCUAAUUUUAUGAUUAUUGUAUUGCGUUGUUAUAUUAGUAACCUGUAAAUUCCAAAAUCUAUUGUAAUCAAUUGUGUCAAGUUUCCUGCGUCUGUCACAAGAAAAGUUGCUAAAUCAGUUAUUUCUGAGGUUCCGUUUUAAUUAGAAUACUGCCUUAGAAGGCAGCUGUCUAUUUAGGUAGUAGAGAGCAAGGCAGCUCACUAGGUUUUGGAACAGAGCUCUUACUCAGAUUCACUCAAAUGUAUCCAAACAGAAAAUGUGCUUUAUCCAUUGGAAAAUCUGUCAGUAUAUUGUGGAAUUUACUAGUUAAAUGUCACUACUGUUAAUUGGCCAAGUGGGUGUAGACUCAAAAUGGCCAAAUAUGGUCGAAUUAAUCAGCCUGACCGAUAUAUCGGUUUAUCACUAGCAUGCAUGCUUGGAUGUUAAGAGCAAAAUAUGUAUUUAAAGUCACAUGCUACACACACACACGCACAUUAUAACAAGAGAAGGGGUCCUGAACUGUAGGUCUGAUGUCUGUAUAGAUUGGAUCUUGGAGGACCACAAGAGAGCCGAAAAACAGGAACCGUCCCGAGUUUGGCCUGAAUGGUGUUCUAGUUGUAUUUAACAUUAAUAACAAGGCUUUCUGGCUGCUUCAACCACAGAUUAAAUCUUAAUUCUGGACUGAUAACUUGGUACUAGAUCUUUAGUGGAGAUUAACAGUGAUUUAGUCCAAAACUAGCCCUUACUGUACUCUUCACAUGCAAUAUUGUCCCAAUCCAUAUAGAGUAAAGAGCAACCCUCAAGUACUCAGGACUUGUAUUUGAUGAGUUUGGUGAUGCAUCGCUGAAGUUCACUGCAAUGUGCUCGACUUUGGUGGGUUGUUUUUAUUUUGUCUGUUACGAAAACAAACAUUCAGUCGCAUUAAGUAAACACGAUCAGAACGAAUUUCACCAUUUAAAACCAUAUAUUGUCUACUGUAACAAAUUACGUAAGAAAAAAGGAUUUAAGAAUGGGAUUUACACUAAAGCCAGACCGAUAUAUCGGUUUAACAGAUUAAUUGGUGCUGAUAGUUGCUUUUUGGAACUAUCGGUUUUCUGCAAAAAUCGAUGCCGAUAGUUGCCGAUAGUCUCUGACCUCUUUGUCUGUGCCAACUAAGAAAAUGUAACAUUCUAUGAAUCGUUUUUUAAAAACUUUUGGCCGAUUAAUCGGUUAUCAGCCUUUUCCACCAAUGAAGUUAUCGGUAUCUGCAAAAUCCAAUAUCGGUCGACCUCUAAUUUACACUGAAAUUAGUGUUUAUUUACGCAUAUUGUGGCUCAUUCUACACAAAUUGUUGCGUGUUUGCGAAAAUUUACCCAAAAUGGUUUCUCAAAUGAUUCGUUCUGCUCAUGUUUCAUAAACGAGGCCCAGUUUAGUCCCUCAUUCCAGUAGGUUCCAUGCAGCUCUCUUGUGGUCAUAAGCUGUAAAUACCACUCGUAUUGUUUCUGUACAUAUGUCUAAUGAAAAGAAUAGGCUAAUACAAAGUCAAUUAAUCAGCCGAUAAGAAGCUUGGGAGAAAUAUGCAAAUAUGGUAUUUUCCUAUGUUUUGGUGUCUUUUACUCUCAGAUAAGAUAAUAAGCUUUUACGACUGUAUCUAUCCCUGAUGCUUUUAGGUGCAAAUUCCACAUUGAAUUGUAUUGUUAUACUGUUUAAUCAUGGAUUAGUUUUGUAUGGAUUUUGAGACGUCAAACUGGACUUUUGUUUGUUUUGUUUUCUGCAAAUCAAUGAGACAUCUCAACCAGGCUGCUGCUGAGCUGCAUCGCUCUUUCUUCUGCUUUCUGAUCUCAAAAUGCUAACGGACAUAAACUGAGCAACUCAACUGGUGCUUUAGGUUUUUUUUCUGCUACAAACGCUGCCUCAAACCAGCCCGGUCAACGGUCCCAUCAAAGGACUCUUCAAAGCUUUAACAUUAUUACAGGUGAAACGGGAUAGGGAGGUUGCCCGGACGUUAGCUGCUAAUGGAAGGGGUGCUGUUUUCAAGAGUCGCCGCCCCAUUCCUUUAUCUCAGCUGUCUUUGUAAAAGAGAAUUCUAGAAAUAGCUGGAAUGUUCUUCGAAAGUUCGAGUGACUAGAACAGAUGUGGAACUUCUGGAUAAACGCUGUCCUCCGACAGCGGAACUGGGACAUGGGUAUGUAGGACAUCAGCAUAGGGACAUUUGAGAGACCGAUUGGUCUCUUUAAGUGGACUGGUGCAUGGCCAGACGCUCUCUGGUGAAAUGCAGAACUGUCUUGUGGAUGAUGGAUUGCGACACCGUGUAUAUACCAGUUAUGAUAAGCUUCUGUUGGACUACAAUGGUUGGUAGCUAAGGAACAUUGGCUGUUCCGUCCCCUACUGUCAUAGGAUAAUCAGAUAUGGCAUUGCGCAGUUAUCUGUGGUUUCUAGUUCAUUGGGGUAGAUUGUUGCUACUCCAGGAAAUGGCCACUUUUCCCUCCAGAAGCAGAUGACCACCUUCGCCAGCUCAACCCUAACCCGGUCAACUCCAAUGCAACUGGAUUGCUUACAUCCAAUCAACAAGGGAAAUAAAAUGACAAUGUCUCACACGCGAAACGUGGCAAGACUUGUCCCACUGUGGGUUUACAGGAAAGAGAAGAGCUGUCUUGGCUCCGAAGCGCCCUCUUGCCUCAACCAAGCUAAGAAAGACAGGAUUCCAAGUGCAUCCAAUACGCAAGAGUUCCACCAAUCUUGGGAUUGUUUCAUUGGCAUCUGAAUGGAAUAAAUGGGGUUGGCGUUACCCCAGUGGCUCUUUCAUCAGUACGUCAGUGUUUUUGUGAGGGGGGAGUUCUUUUAAAUGCUUAGGUGAACAUUUUCUGGACUGUCUAUGCACUUUGUGUCAGUUUAUGUGAGCCAGAGCGAAAGGUCAUGGUCUGGAUUGGCUCGCCGAGAGCAUCCUCACGGAUUUCCAGAGAUACUACAGAGAGGAAUCAAGGCAAAUUCAGUCAUAGUUUGUUGAGCAUGGCGACUCAAGUCAUUCUGAUGUUCUUAAGGAAGGUUUAUUUUGAGUCCUUGUCAAGCAGAAUCCCUCUAAGGCAUCUCUGUUAGCCUCCAUGUUGGAUGUUCUUGGCUGAAUUUAAGGCAGCAGACCAACCCUACUGCUUUAGUGUUGUAAAGUAUUUUGGUUGGUCAUGGUGCCAUGUGCUUCACAGCUAGACCGAAGAAAUCCAGAUGUCACAAGUGCAAAAUUUGCACUUUCUCUGUAGUUGCUUUGGAAAGGAAGCGUCUCCCAAGAACUUAAACAUGAAAAUGAAAGAGUUUGUUAAAAUGCCGUUCCCUCGAAUUCUAGAAGCUGAGCUGAGUAUGGAUUUCUUCAGUCUAGUUGAGGAACAUGUAAUUUUUGUUAAUUUACGUACAUAAAUGCGGGUGACUAGAACAGAAUUGUUGAUGACUGUUUGAAUGCUGAUUGGAAAACACAAACCACCAGGUGCCGUUGUUAACCAAAAUGAACUACCUCUCUCAUUCACACGUUAUCAUUACACCAUUUCAUGUUUGUUUGUAUGUUUUAGGUUUUCUUUGUUAAGAAACACUAAAUCCUUCACUUAUUUAUUCCUCACCGACUCAAAUGCUGGACUGUUUACCUCAAGAAAUUAGCUUAGCCUAUAGCUUAGACGGUGAUCUACUGCCUGUCUGGUGGCCAAAACCCCAUUUCUUGGUGUGCUAGAUAUAAUCGCUGUUAUGCUUAAAACAUGGCAGCUCUGUGCAGGAUGCCCAGUAAGUGCGUGUGCUAAAGAGUGUGUAAAGAGUGAAAACCUGUACAUUCUACAUCAUAAACGUCGCAAAAACAUCUACAGAACCUCUCGAUGACGUAUUGGAGAUGAGCAAAUGCUCCAAAAAUAACAUCUUUCAGGUCAAAACACUCACAUUGCAUAGACGUCUUGCGCUAUCAGGGUGGUUGAUAAUGUCGACCUGCACAGGGAGAUUUUCCCGCUAGCCUGAAUUGCUAGUCUCUGUCAGUAUUCGCUCUUACUCAUGCAGAAUGCAAAGCAUUGACAAACGAGCUAGCUAAUCCCAAAGGAUGCUUAAUAAGCUAGCUAAUUUAGGUACAUUUUAAAAGUUAUGUCUGUUUUACCGCGCUACCGUAAAUGCACUGUCUUCAAGCAGUGAAAUCUGUGUAACACAUAUAAAAUAUUUGGGCAUUGCAGAUGUUUACUUUGUAUUUUAGAUGUUAAAAGUUUCCAUCUGUGUUUGAGCUAAUAGCAUUACCGCCUGUUCGGCCUCUAUCGCCCCUAUCUGCUUCCUUUUGUCUUUCCUUUUUUGCUAUCUCUCUCCUUGUCCCAGUGGCGUGUCCAGACAUAUUGGCGCUAUUUUUUUUAAUUGUUUGUGUGGCGGUUGCAUUGCGUAGCACUGUGUCUUGCACCAUUUGUUUUUACAGCAGCCUCGGAUUCGGGAGAUGGCCAUUCAUAGUUUAGAAUUAGGGAUGUCAAAUCAAUUUUAGGGGUGAGGCUACCAUCUGGACACGCCCGUGUCCUCUCUGUUUCUCUUUGGACUGUUCCUCAAACUUGUAUCAUUAACUCAUCUAAAUCACCUUCUGUCUGUUAAACCCUUGCUGUCGUCCUGACGUCCAACCUCUUUCCUGUUGUCUCAGUCUAUCCGUGUCACAUUUCCAUCCAUGUUCCCCCUGAACUACACCCACACACACACACAGAUUCACCACCAGCAUUUAUUUUACAGAUAAAACUACUUUGUACUCUUAUGCAGUAUAGAAAAUGUAUUAUGUUGAAUUUCAAACAUAGAGACUGACAGAUUACCGCUAAACUUCUUAACAUUAUUCAAACAGGCCUCUCCAUGCUAUCUCAGAUAAAGAACCUCUGUGUGCCUACACCCCAAAGCCUUAUUUUGGGAACGUGUCAGGGUUACGGCAUUCGUUUUAAAGCAGUCUGUGAAGCUUUACCCAGUAUUCAUAGAUGAGAUUGUGAACAAUAGUCAGACUAAGUACAUGUUGUGUAAAUAAGUCAUUUUUGGGGAUCCAUUUGUGUAUAAAGAAUCCAUGGAUGACUUUAAGGCAAGAAACAUGUUCUACACAAGUACCAGAUGCGAAUGCUUGUCCAAUGCAUUGCAAGUGUGCAUUAGUGUGCCGCAAUCCUCAAGGAGGCGAUAGAGUUUCCUUCAAAUGUCUGUGCCAUCAAACCGAAUGUCUUAUUAAUCCGAUAGUUAGCUUUUAACAUGUUGAAAGUUGAACUAACUUUAACUAUGCCAGCAAGAUUCUCUUCAAACUGUUGCUCCACCAUGGCAGUAGUUUACCCUAAAGGGUUACGCCACUGCUCACUAAAGCACCACUUGCAGCAAAACUUUUCGUUGCAUCUUGAAUUCUUGACACAUUUUGAAAUGAUGCAUGAUAAUGAGUUUGCAUAGCUAGAUGCGUUUGCAUUCACAUACUUGUGUAGCGCAUGUUUCAGGUCCUGAACCGAAGAACCACAGAUGAGGUUGAAGAAUUAAGAACUUCAGAGUGGAUUUUCAGUCUGGCUAUAGUUCUCAGUUCACCCAAAUACAGGAAAGUUCUGAAUGGUUUAUCCGUGAUCCAAACACUCAUCUCAAACAGACAGGCCGAGAGAAAACUCCUUGACUCUGGUGCCUUAAUUUCUGUUUUUACGAACAUUCAUUCAAAUGGUUUGAAGUCUUUGUAACACAUUACAUGUGCAUUUUUAUUUUACUACAAGGUGAAUUAUAACAUUUAUUGUAGGUGACAAAAGCUUGUGUAAUUGUGACCUGAACGCGUCCGUAUGCUCUUGCCAUCAAAACAGUAUUUUUAACGUAGUGUACCGUAGCUUUCAGGCAGAAACAAUCUACUCUCUAUAUAACUGAUUAACUAUAUUCAUUGCUUGGUAACAGGUGUCUUCAUAAAAGCAAAUAUAUUUUGGGACGAGCCGGUUGGUAAAGCAGCACUUCUGGAUAUGGUACUCGUCUGUUUGGUAUGGUUUCACCACUAUCACAGGUUUCUUCUGUUCGUCCAGGUUUCAACUUCAGAAUCAACUUGACCUCAGAUUACUCUGGAACCAUGUGCUGCUUUCCCAAAAUGACUGCUUUUAAAGGAGAUCUAAAACUAUCAGAGAAUUGCAGAGAAGACUUGAAAAAUAAAUGUUAUUGUCAUUUAUUCACCCCCAUGUUGUUCCAGACCUGUAGCUUCUGUUUGCUGUACAAUGAAAGUGGUUGGUAAUUUAUACUGCCAAGCUCAGAAAAACACAAAAAAGCACCAUAAAUGUAUCAUAAAAACUAGCGAUAGACCGAUAUAUCGGCCAGGCCGAUAACCGUUUUUCACUUGGGCAAUUAAAAGAAUUGUUAACUUUCCCUUGUGUCAGUAGAUCUACCAGUAGAUUUAUCAAUGAAUAGUCAACACUUUCUAUUUUCAAGUUUGUUUGUUUUUUCAGGUUUAUGCAAAUUUUAGAUAAUAUUGCAUAAAAUAAGUGUUUUUUUUUUUUUCACUUUAGAAAUUGUGUGCAUCUGAUUUGCAGUUGUUAAAUUGUAUUAUGCUUAUCUGCAUUUAUAUCGGCCAUCCUGCUCUCUAGAUAUCGGUAUCGGGCAUUGAAAAACCCAAAUAGGUUGACAACUAAUAAAAACACCAUAAAUGUAUCAAAAACUAUUUAUUGACCGAUAUAUAUAUCGCCAGGCCGAUUAAUCGGCCAAUAUUUGACCAGUUUGCGAAUAUAUCGGCAUCGGUCGAUAACCAUUUUUCGCUUGGCCAAUUAACGAAGUGUGAACUUUCCCUUGUGUCAGUUCCAAAAUCUACCAGUAGAUGUCAAUGGAGAGUCAGCACUUUGUGUUGUUAAAUUGUAUUAUGUUUAUUGGCCAUCCUGCUCUCUAGAUAUCGGUAUCGGCAAUGGCCAUUGAAAAACCAAUAUUGGUUGACCACUUAUAAAAACACCAUAAAUGUUAUAUAAAAACAAGUUAUAGACCGAUAUAUCAGCCAGGCCGAUUAAUCGGCCAAUAUUUGACCAGUUUGCGAAUAUAUCGGCAUCGGUAGAUAACCAUUUUUCGCUUGGCCGAUUAACGAAGUGUGAACUUUCCCUUGUGUCAGUUCCAAAAUCUACCAGUAGAUGUCAAUGGAGAGUCAGCACUUUCUGUUGUUAAAUUGUAUUAUGUUUAUCGGCAUUUAUAUCGGCCAUCCUGCUCACUAGAUAUUGCCAUUGGCCAUUGAAAAACCCAUAUUGGUUGACCACUAAAAAACACCAUAAACAUAUCAUAAAAGUGAUCCAUAGGACUCCUGCACUAUAUAGAUUUGUGUAAAAAAGUGCAGUUUAAAUUACAGUCCACUUUUAUUGUAUGGAAAAGUGAAGCUCUGACAUUCUGCUUAACAUCUUUCAGUGUGUUUGACGGGAGAACAUAAAUAAUACAUGUUUGGAACACCAUGAGAAUGAGUAUUUAAUGACUAUUUAUAUUUUUUGGAUUAACUAUCCAUUUAAAGGAAUAUUCCAGGUUCAAUACAAGUUAAGCUUAAUCAACAGCAUUUGUGGCAUACUAUUGAUUACCACAGUAAUUUAAGCAGAAAUGGAGGUUACAGUGAGACACUUACAAUGGAAGUGAAUGGGGACAAUUUUUGGAGGGUUUGAAGGCAGAAAUGUGAAACUUCUAAUUUUAUAAAAGCUUUAAUUCCAGGUAAAACUUGUGUAUUAUUGGAGCUGUAAAGUAGUUGAAAUCGUCUUAGUUUUCUGUCAUAAGGCAACAAAGUUGUAAAAUUGGCAAUAACUAUUGACUAUACACAGAAAAGGUUAGUAAGUGAUUUUAUCACUCUAAAAUCAGCUUAACAUGCAUAUGCUGCCUAUUGAGUUUAACUUGUACUGAACACGGAAUAGUCCUUGAAGAUCGGAAUUCUCUGAGAGUUCUGGAACAACGUUUGAGAUUUUUCAAUCAGAAAACUCUUAACUUCUAAAAAAAAUAUAUAUAUUCUCGUUAAUAAUAAUAUAGGCUUUUGAAGUGAAGGCUUGGACACUCAGGACACCUCUUCAGUGGUGGAGCGUUGUUUGGAUCACAGAGAACUCAAUAUGACUUUCUAAAACCCAGAAACACAUCAUGUCACAAACACACUUGACAUUUUUGUAUUAUUAUCAUAAUUUCUAGAGGAUCUAUGAAAAGCUCAAAAUCACUAGUGAUGUUUCAUUCUAUUCAAACUGUCAGUCAGCGUAGAUUUGAUUUGGUCUGUAUGGUUGUCCACACAAUGAAGACAGUGCUGACAUUGUGUCCCUGUCUCAUCUGUUGAUGUCUCCUUUUCCCUUGAAUGUCAAUUACACAUUUAUUUUGUGCAUUGUAUGUAGUAAAUAAGAUGUUUUGGGAAAAAAAAUCACAAAUAAACAGCUGUACAUACUGAUGCAAA